CCCCUUUCACACCCCCACGCGCACCCCCCUCGUUUUCAUUCCACUCUCUCUUCCCCCCUUCCCCCCAACCCUUCACAUCUUCCAUGCUGUGCCCCUUCCUUCCCAAACAAUCCAUCCCACAACAACAAUAAAUAAAUAUUCAUUAUUUAUCUCUAAUAUAGUCAAUCCGAUCUUUAAUAUAAGAAGAAAUUCAUUUUUUAUAUAUAUUAAAAAAUUAACGUAUUUAGACUAUUUUAUAAAUCAAAUACAUUUACUUUUUAAUGUCUCUAAAAAAUCAAUUUUUUUUUAUAUUAAUUAUAUUAAACACUAGAAAGAGUAUAUAAAAAAUAAACCAAGUAACCAUUCCCACUAUUGAAGAAGAGUGAACAAAACCAAACCAAUUUUUUCUCAUUCUCAAAGAGUCCCUCAUAUCUAUCUCUCUAUCUAACCCACCCUCCACUCACUCCUUUCAUUUCAUUAAUCCUCUCACUUUCUCCACUUUCCCAUUCCAUUUUUACUAACACACCUCCAUCAAAAUGAAGAAAAGGGUUAAAUAGUAAAUUCAACAGAUCUUUCCAUUAGAGAAAGAAAGAAAGCAAAACAAGAAUUGGGAAGGGUUUUGCUUAUUUAUUUUGGAAAUACUAGUAUAUUAGAUUAGAUGGAUGCAGAGAGAGUUGUUAAGUUAGUAUUAAUUUCUUGUGUUACAUUAAUCGCUUUGAUUAAACAGUGUUUAUCAGAUCCAAACGAUGAAGCAUGUUUAACACAUCUAAACAAAUCAUUACAAGACCCAACAAAAUCACUUCACAACUGGAACGAACAAAACUUCGCUAAACCCUGCAACGAUUCAACUUCAAAUCUUCAAGGAGCAAUCUGCAACAAUGGCCGAAUCUACAAACUCUCUCUCAACAAUCUCUCUCUCCAUGGAACCAUUUCACCUUUUCUCUCCAACUGUACCAAUCUACAAGCACUUGAUCUUUCAUCAAACUUUCUCACCGGACCAAUCCCACCGGAUUUACAAUCACUGGUGAAUCUCGCUGUUCUCAAUUUAUCAUCUAACCGUCUUGAAGGUGAGAUUCCACCUCAACUCACAUUGUGUGCUUAUCUCAACAUAAUCGAUUUUCAUGAUAAUUUGCUUACUGGUCCAAUUCCUCAGCAAUUAGGUCUUUUAAAUCGGUUAUCGGCUUUCGAUGUUUCGAAUAACCGUCUCUCCGGUCCGAUCCCGGCUUUGUUAUCGAACCGGAGUAGUCCGAAUUUACCGAGAUUUAAUGCGAGUUCAUUUGAAGGGAAUAAAGAUCUUUACGGUUAUCCGUUACCGCCGUUAAAAAAUAAAGGUUUAUCUAUUUUGGCUAUUGUUGGAAUUGGAUUAGGAAGUGGAUUAGCGAGUCUUGUUUUGAGUUUUACUGGAGUUUGUAUUUGGUUAAAAGUUACUGAUCGGAAAGUUGCAUUAGAAGAAGGGAAAAUUAGUCAUCUUAUGCCUGAUUAUUGAAUGUUAAUUAAUCAAUUAAGAUAUAUUCAAUAUUUCAAUUGUCCAAAUCUAAGGUAUCUUUGAUUGAACUUUGAUUGUUGAUGGUUCAACUCAAAAAGUAAAGGAAAAAAAAAAAUAGUACAGUACCAGGUACUUUUUUUUUUGUUGAUAAGAGUGAUGGUGUGGGCUAGCUUUAUUUUCAGAUCGGUGUCUUUUAUCGAUCACGGGGGAUAUGUUUAUGUUUAUAUUUUUUUUUCUAUCUUUUUUUAAUUUUUUUUCCAUAAUUGUUGAACAGUUUAAAAUUUUCUC